AUGAAGGACUUCGAGGUCGUGAGGGCUCUGGGUAAGGGCUUCAUGGGUUCGGUGCUCAUGGUCAGGCUCUCCAGUGCCAGAGGUACGGCUCCCUGCGCGCUGAAGAUAAUCGACAAAGAUCGUAUCAUCAGGGAGCACAUGGUUGAACGUGUGCUGCAAGAGAAGGAGCUCCUUUCGCGAGCCAGCCAUCCGUUCGUCGUCAGGCUGUUCGGCACGUUCCAGGACGACGCGCACUUCUUCGUACUGAUGGAAUGUGUUGGCGGAGGUGACCUGUUUUCCGCCAUGCGAAGCGUGAGGUUCAACGACGUGUGUGCGCACUUCUUCGCUGCUGAGAUCACGCUUGCAAUUGGACAUCUGCACAGUUUGGACAUCGCAUAUCGUGACCUCAAGCCCGAGAACGUUGCUAUCGACUCGCUGGGCCACGCCAAGAUCAUCGACUUUGGAUUGGCCAAAGUCGUCGAGGCAAGAACGUACACAAUGUGCGGAACAUCUGAGUACAUGGCGCCCGAAGUCUUGACCCACGUCGGUCAUGGCAGUUGUGUGGACUGGUGGGCGCUUGGCAUCCUCAUCUUCGAAAUGCUCUCGUUCCGGUUCCCGUUCACAGGACGCACCGCCGCAGAGAUUCACAAGAGCGUGGUUUUUAGCGAUCCGAGGUGCCCUCCCUACUUCGGGAGCGCGACCAAGGGCAUCGUCUACCUGCUCCUGAUCAAAGACCAGACGCUGCGCCUCGGCAGCGGCGCCGACGGCGGAGGACGCGUCCAGAGGCACCCGUGGUUCUCCCCCGUGGACUGGGACGACCUCCUCCGGCGGAGGUGCACCUCCCGCUUCAUGCCGAACGCGAGCGGCGACGCUGGGCCGCCCGCGCGCGGCGGCUCCGCGCCGGGGGCGGGAGGCUGCGGCGCGCCGCCGCGAGCGGCCUCCUCCAGCCAGGCGGCUCCCACGCCAGGGGGGGUCCUCUCGGAGGGGCAGCACCAGCUGGUCGGUGGCCUCUGA